AUGGCGGGUUACACAGAUAAGGUCGAAAGCACGGGAUCGCAGUCCGAAGAACAAGCCCAUGUCGAAACAGUCGACAGGCCCGCCGGACCGGCGCCAGUGACUCUACAGUCCUUCGCUCAUCUCGAUGAGAAGGCAAUCCUCAGAAAGAUGGACCUCCGUCUAAUCCCCGUCCUAGCUCUCCUCUACCUCCUCUCGUUCCUCGACCGCGGCAACAUCGGCAACGCCAAGAUUGAAGGCCUCCAGGAAGACCUCGGCAUGACGGACGACCAGUACAACUGGUGCCUGACGGCCUUCUUCUUCACCUACGCCGCCUUCGAGGUGCCGAGCAACCUCAUGCUCAAACGGGUCCGGCCGUCGAUCUGGUUGCCCGCGAUCAUGGUGGCUUGGGGUGUCGUGAUGACGCUCAUGGGCAUUGUGCACAACUAUGCCGGCCUGCUGUCGGCGCGCAUCUUUCUGGGCGUGACUGAGGCGGGCUUGUUCCCUGGAGUCGCGUACUACCUGACGAACUGGUAUAGGAGGGAUGAGAUUCAGCUGCGGCAGGCCAUGUUCUUCAGCGCUGCGAGUGUGGCGGGAGCGUUUAGUGGGUUGUUGGCGUUUGGGAUUGGUAAGAUGGAUGGCAUUGCCGGGUUGCAUGGGUGGCAGUGGAUCUUCAUUCUUGAGGGGAUCGCCACGGUUGUUGUGGCCUGUAUUGCCUUCUUCGCCCUGCACGACUUCCCCGAGACGGCCAAAUUCCUGACGGAAGAAGAGAGGGCUUUCGUGGUCUACCGCCUCAAGUACCAGGGCCAAAGCGAGGAUCCCAAUCGCGCACAAGUCGCCCAGGCCGACGAGUUCAGGUGGAAGUACGCCAGAGAUGCCUUCCUUGACUGGCAGAUCUGGGUCAACGUUUUUGUCUACUGGGGUAUUGUCUGCCCUUUGUACGGUAUCUCACUCUUCCUGCCCACCAUCAUCCGCCAGCUCGGCUACCAGAGCAGCCAGGCCCAGCUCAUGACGGUGCCCGUCUACAUCACGGCGGCUAUCCUUGCUGUCAUCGCCGCCUACUUUUCGGACAGGGUGGGCAAGCGCAGCCCGUUCAUCAUCGGCUUUCUGCUCGUCAUGGUCAUCGGCUUCUCCAUGUGCAUCGCCACCGACCCCAAGGAGAACCCGCGGGUCGUCUACGCCGGCGUGUUUGUGGCCGCCUGCGCCAUCUAUCCGGCCUUUCCGGGCGUUAUUGCGUGGUUGUCGAACAAUCUAUCCGGAAGUCUGAAGAGAUCAGUGGGCAUGGCGAUUCAGAUCGGCGUGGGUAAUUUGGGCGGGGCCAUGGCAUCCAACUUUUAUCGAGCGAAAGACGCGCCUCAGUACAAGCUCGGACACGGCCUUGAGCUCGGCUUCAUCGGCGCUGGCAUUAUUGCCUCGCUAAUCCUGCUGAUUGGGUAUAGUGCGCAGAACAAGAAGCGAGCUAGGAAAAUCCAGGAUGGUGUGCUGGAUUCUUAUACGGUGGAGGAGCUCUCGGCGAAGGGUGAUAGAGCUAUCACAUUCCGAUAUGUGUACUAA